CGAGAGAGAGAAUUGGCAGGGCCUGCGUGAUGGCUGCAGUUUGUGGUCAGUUUAUGGAGUUUCACCAAAUUCACGGAGCCAAUGUGAAGAUUGACAAGAUGGGCACACGUGCCACACGAAUCCAGAGCUUCGCCGAUGGAAUCUGCUUUAGCAAGUGCCCCUUGGCUCCUGGGGAAAUCUUUCUGGUGGAGAUUGAAGAUAAAGAGCUAGGCUGGUGUGGUCAUUUACGAAUGGGACUAACUAGUCAUGAUCCCAGAGCUUUGGAGGCAGUUCCGGAGUACUCUCUCCCAGAUUUAGUAAGCAUGGGACAGAGCUGGAUCUUUGCCAUCACCAGAAAUCAUAACAGGGUGCUUUCAGAAGAUGAUGGUGAAGAUUUGAGUCCUGUAGCUAGCCGCAAUUCUAAAAGCUUCUUCACAGAUGCCUACCUUCAUGUGGAGAAUAUACGAAUUCCUCGAGACAAGCUGGUGGGGCGCAGUCGGCCUGGAAGAUUUAGCCACAUCCUGGAUGACCUCUACAAAAGCAAUACAUUACCACCAACUGCCCGCAGGAGUAGGAUUGGGGUGAUGUAUGUUCCCAAAGGGCAGGAGACUGCGGACAUGCACAUUAUAAUCAAUGGGGAAGACAUGGGGGCAAGCGCCAAGGGAAUUCCUACCAAGGAGCCACUUUAUGCUGUAGUGGAUGUGUUUGCAGCAACCAAAAGUGUGCACAUCAUUCAGGUGGAGUAUGGCUUUCCCUCACUGCAGACCCUCUGUCGACAGACCAUCCAAAAACAUAUUGUGCACCGCAUGGCAAUCGACUGGUUGGAUCUGCCUGAAUUGCUGAAGCAUUUGUGCAAAUACGAGUGACUGAAGGUACCUAGCACAUGGCAUGCCUAUAAAAGCCUGAGUGAUAUGCACUGGCCACCAGGGAGAGAUUCUGUUUGAGCUAACAGUGGUGCACAAUCUGGAUGGGUUAUUGACUAGAAAUGAGUACCAAGUGACAUUCCACCCUCUUUCUCAUUCAUAUCUGCAUUGUGCCAUUCUUUCUUCAGUUCUUUCACCUCGAUUGUGAAGUUGUCCCUACUUCUAAAAUGUGGGAUUGUCCUAGUGUUUGCUGAUGGUUUUUAUUUUGGAAACAAAGCUGACAAGAGUCUUUUUCUUUUGAAAGAUAACAUGGAUGUGUUAUGAAGAGGACACACUUGACCUAACAUGACUGGCUGUUUUUAUGGCUUAACUUUUCCUAGGCAUUAAUAAAUAUCAGUCUGUAUAAAA